CCAGACGCAUCAGCUUUAGUUGUGGAGCUUUUAAUUACGAGGUCGUUUUUUUUUUAAAACUAGAAAGUACAGUUCCACUUUAUUGUAUUGUGUGUAACACAACGUCAACUGGAAUAAUGUUUGAAUGUGUUUGAUACUGCGCGCUCAUCGUCUUGCUGUUUUAAACAGAUAGAUAUAGAUAUACUUUUUAAAAAUAUAUAUUUUAAAUUACAUUAUUAUAUAUGAAUGAUUUCGUUAUAUUUUAUUAUCUUUUACAAUUUGUCUGGAUAUACUUUAAUAUGCUUUAAUCAAAUAUACACCCUUUUGUUCAAUCACAUGGGGAUAAGAAAUAACAAUAUUCUAUUUUAUUUAAAUUUUUAUGGAAAAUGUUGUUAGAACCGUCCCGGAACUCUGAGUUUGCUUUUAGAAUUCAACACGCGUAUUAUUUUAGGAAAUCUACACAGUAAUUUGCACAUUUUUCUUGAAGGAUUUGAAGAUAGCAUUAUUGAUUUUUUUGCAAAAUGAGCGGGGACAGAUCAAACUUUCUCUCCCAACCUGUUGUAAAGAAUGUGCUGGUGUAUCGGAACGGUGACCCGUUUUUCGAAGGUCGACGACUGGUUGUAAAUGAGAAAAGGGUGUCCAGUUUUGAAUCUUUCCUGAAAGAAGUGACUGGUGGUGUUCAGGCGACCUUCGGGGUUGUGAGAAACAUCUACACACCAAGAGACGGACAUCGUGUGGGCGCGCUGGACGAUUUGCAGAGUGGAGAACAGUAUGUAGCGGCGGGCAGAGAGAAAUUUAAAAAAAUUGAUUACCUGCAGAUAGGAGCAAAGAAGAAAAAACCCACUCAGAAUAACACUUUGCAGAUAAAGCCAGUGGCCCACAGUAGGAUAGCUGUAUCUGCAAGAUUUCUGAGACCGAUUCAAGAGCCAUGUGCUAUUUUUGUGAUUGUAAAUGGAGACAUCUUAAAUCCAGCAAUCCGGUUAUUAAUACCAAGGAGAAUUCUUUCACAGUGGGAUCCUAUCCUGGAAAUGAUUACUGAGAAAAUGAGCCUCAGAAUUCUAGGUGCUGUACGAAGCCUUUACACUUUAGAUGGAAACCUUGUCAGUGACAGAAAAGAACUGGAAAAUGGACAGUUUUAUGUGGCAGUUGGGCGAGAAAAGUUUAAAAAACUUCCUUAUGGUGACCUCAUUUUUACUAAACCAGCACCAACAAGAAGAUACAAUGGGUCCAAGGCGGCUUCACUACCUCCUAUUAGGUUUAGAAAACAUAAGGAGAGUGUGGGAGAUCGUCAGAGCAAAUCCACUGGUGGUUCGAGCGAUAUAGGGGAUCCACUGGCCUCUCCUCAGCCUCUACUCCCAAAGAGGAAAGGGAAGAAGAAGCAGUUCUCAGCAGCGAAUGAUGCUGCUAAUCAUGGGAAACCAGUAAAAGUGAAACGGAAUAAAGAUGAAAUCGUCUCAAACAUCCCCUCUGACAAUGAAGAGGAUGUGUUUAAGGCAUACGAGGAGAAUGCAGAGACAAGACGAGCUGUGGAGGUUCAAGAAGAUGAAGGUCUGCAAGUGGUGCUUCCAGUUGACCAGACAGAGGCAGAAACAGUAGAUGAAGAAGAAGAUGUAGAAGAAACUUUGAAGGAUGAGGACUUACUUGAAGACAACAAAUGGGAAUGUCAAGUUGAUGCUGGCCAAGAGGCAGAUGAAAGUACCGAAGAGGAUACUGUUGCCAGCUGGGGUGACCAUGAAGAAGACCUUAUUAAUGAUAACGAAGAGGACAUCAACAAGGCAGCAGAGGAGCUCCCUCAGGAAACACCAGAGGGGCCCUCUCAAGAGAUGGAGAACCUGCAUCAAGAGAUGCCAGAGCUCGAGCAGGAGGAAAGCAGAAAGUCUUGCAGUCCUUUAAAAACACCAUCCAGCCCAGAAAGCAAAAUCUUGGAGGAGUGAAAGUGCAGGAAAAAAAAAACCGGAUGAAUAUGCUCUUGUGGCUUAGUGAGCCACCAUUCCGCUAAAUCACAGCACAACAGAAAUACAUCAUCAGACUGAACAUGCCUGAACUGCAAAACCUAGAAACUACCUAGAACUCUACUAACUUGUGCAAGAUAAUCAUUAUGGGCAUCACAGGGAGAUAUAUUAUCAACAUAAGCUAAAUAUAUGUUUUAGGGUGGAUAUCUGUAUCUAAUGAGUGUAGUACAUUAAUGUAUUUAUCUAAUGAAUGUUAUAGAGCCAUAGCUAAUGUCUAUUGGAGACACCAGUGAGUGAUAUGGAGGCUUUUUAAUUAAGUAGACAUGGCAGAGCUGUACAGUAGCAGCAUUAUUGUGUAUAUGGCAAUUUAACCUGCCUAGGAUCUCACUUCAGCAUAGUAUCAUUUGAACCAAAAGAUGACUGUUAAAAAAUAUUAUGGUUUAACUUUCUGUUAAGCUUCAGGUUCCUGAAAGAACAUAUGCUUUUAAAACGUCAUAUCUGGAGAUCACUGGCCAGUGACCACAGAUGGUCCUCCAAGGAGGUUGAAAAAUAUAUCUUGAGUACAGAAUACAAACUAGGUAUACAUACUAGAUUUACAAAUAAGGACCAGUGGGAUCAGUUUUUUUAAAUGUUUGUCUUAUCUAUACAUAAAUGUUCCUUGUGCAAAACUUUAAUUGUGCGUAACUUUUCAGUGAGUACACAUCCUGCACCAAUAAACAGAGGCUGGGCCAAAUCAGCUUCAAAGUUACUUGGCCAUCUAGCAGUCUGUCAGGUCUGCUGUCUUACCCAUUGUGACAGGUUAUCCAACCUAUAUAUAUUACAGAAUAGGAAUUUCUAACAGUCUGUUAAAUUACAUAUAUUUCUGAUUUAUAGUCCAGCCUACAUCUAUAUCUAUAUCUAUCUAUGUGUAUAGGCAGUACUGUAAUGUAUGAUCUGAGACACCUUGAGUAAAAUAAAGAUAUACUGGCCUCCGAUUCCCCAUGUAAACCAUCUAAUAAAAUGUCCUUAUGUUUGUGUUCAAAAUGUAUUGUGUUGAAAUACACAAGUUGCCUUAUUAGGUUGUACCCUUACCCUUGCAUCUGUACUUAUUAUUUUUUUUAUUACCUUGUUAUUUUGCUAUCUGACUUACACAUCAAAAAAACAUGGAAUUUUGAAAAUGCCAAAAUAGUAAAGAGCACUUAUACAGUAAAGUACAAUUUACUGUCAUAGCCUAAUUGUCAAGUAAAUGAAUUUGAUUAUCGAGUCGUGAAAUAACAAGGAAGUGAUGUUUUCUACAGGGCAGCAGUGUGGAGUAGUGGUUAGGGCUCUGGACUCUUGACCGGAGGGUUGUGGGUUCAAUCCGAAGUAGGGGACACUACUGCUGUACCCUUGAGCAAGGUACUUUAAUAAGGGCGUCUGCUAAGAAACAAAUAAUAGUAAUAAUAAUAAUAAAUAUAACAGAUGACUUGGAUCAUUCUUUAAUAAGACACUAUUGGAGUUUUGGAUGAGAACAAAACAAGCAUUUUUCUCUUGUCUUCAAACAUUGUAUUUUCCUCUACAGUAUAUAAUGACAGAAUGAAACCUCUGCUUUCAAUCAUUUAACUUUUUUUUUUUUUUUUCCUUUUUUGGUUAUUAAACUGAACGAGUACACGACCUUGAAUGUAAUCAAAUCUACCUCUGCUGUUUGAAGUGGAAAAAAUAAAUAUGCAGCUCAUUUUUUGGAAACCUCUUUAGCUCAGUCACUAUUCUACACAUUUUUUACACAGAUUUUACACUCACUUUCUUUUAACAUACCAAUAGUUUAUUAAAGUAAUAUUUGUUAUUUGAUAGUAUACAUUUUGAGAGUUUCAGUUCCAUGUGUUCAAUCUUGUGUGGGUGUAUUGAAACAAAAUGUAAUAAGUUCUUUAUUUACUAACAAUAUUAAUACAAAUAAAUGUGAAAAUAAAUGCAAUUCAGAUCUUAUUUAUUAUUACCUGUGUGUUCUUAAUAGCUAAAAUUAGAAUAAAUAAAUAAAAUUAAAAGCAAUACACUGUUAUAUUAACUAUCUGGUUUAACAUGAAAAAACAGAUUUCUCAUUAACCCAGUUAUUAACAAGCUAAUGGUAACAAAAUACAGUAGAGAGUCAAUUAUCCAAACCAUUUGGGACUGAUACUAGUUUGCAAUAUUGAUUUGUAUGGGUAAUUGAACAGGUAUUAAUAACAAUUACUGUACCUUUAAUAAUGUGUAGAAUAAAGUUAACAUACACUACUCAGUACUUAGUACAUUGACGUGCUAGAAAAAACUCUAAAUUAAAUUAGUACCAGAAAACAGAAACAUAAAACUGUGGCUUGGUUAACGAAACCACAGUGAGUCAGAUCAAUUCAAAAGAAAAGUGAAUACCAUUUUAUUACGCAACGAUCAUUUCAAAAGUAACACUAGAAAAAGACUUUCAGUUACAAUUUAGCAUUGUUUGCUAAAAUUAUGCAAUUAUACAUUAACAAUGUAAAACUUUUUUUUCAUAAUUACAAAUUGUGACAAAGUUUCUUUAUUUACAGUACUUUGUUUUAAUGUACACCGCAUUCAGGUCUAUACACAGUUCCCACAGACAACUAUUCUCUUUUAAACCUGUCCUUUUAUACCUACAUGGCUUGUUAAAUUAUGAACAGGUAUAUUAGUUCAAUUGAUUACCAGUGUUCUAGGAUAGCGAUGGUAUUCUGGAAGAUGUAGUUUUUCAUGCAACGCCCUACUGUGUGAGGGUACAUAGAAAUCCAUUAUAUCAAAAAGUGACACUAGGUGAAGUGAAGCGUGGGUGUGUCCUGGCUUUUAGUCCCAUGUGACCUGGGGGCUACACCUUCAAUAAAGUCUCCUAAAAGGGAUGCCUUAAGUCUCACUAUGCUUCACAAAAUUUAAGCCAAGAAUUGUUGCCUUGUUAUAUGGUCCCUGAAAGUUGUAUUUCCUUACUGGCAAUUUAAAAUGAACAAUAUUAUUUUUUCACAAAAGAGAUACGGUCACAUUUAACUACAAAAACUCUUAAAGCAAUAGCAUUUCAACAAUAAGAUUAAAAAGAGCUAAACAUACAUGACUCCUUUGCCACAAUAACAAACACCAAAUCACUCCCAAAAUAUAUAUUUUGUACCAUUUCUCAGCCACUGCCAUAAUGUACCCUGUAAUAAAUUAAAGGUAUUUUGGAAAAGGAACUUGUUUAAAGGAAGAAAAACAUAAAUUAAAAAAUAACUUAGUAAGUUGGAGCUGACAAAGAAUCAAUUACACUGUACAAUAAAUUCUGGUAACACCAUGUCAUAUAAAUCCACAGGUGAUGUCUUGCCAAAUGUGCUUGUUAUUUUCUUAUUUCACCCAUCAGCUCUUUGGUAUGAGUCAUUUUAGCACAACUUGUGAGUGUCUCUGAAGCACUUAGAGAAAUUAUCCAAGCGUUGUAUACUGCAGCAUUGGCAAGAAGGGGAAAUGAGUAAAAUAAAACAUAAAAAUACAUCCCCUUGGUUAUUUUUAAAACAUUCCCACAGGCACAGUCUGAGUCACCAUUAUCUUUAUACAUGGUGUACGUAAGCUACUGUGACGUCACUAUGAGUGUCUCACUGGUAGGUGACCCUAUAUAAAGAAUGAAGGGCUCCAUAAUUCUCUCACAUGUAAUUCUCCUUAAAAGCUGAUGCUAUUAAUACUUUCCUGACAUAAGACACACGGGGUAGCACAGUUGUAAAACGAACCUAAAGAUAAACAGAAAAUAUCUUCUUUGAUUCACAUCCACAUCCAUGUGUAGUUUUUUUUUUUCAAACGGUCUUUUGGGUUAAAAGGGUUCUUUGAGAAAUUUUAAUAAACUUCUCUCUCUAAAACAACUGAUUUAAGAAAACAAGCCUCAAACAAAAACAACGCUGAAGAUCAAAAAAAAAUCUAUUUCUUCCUGGUAUCAUAUCACAUCCUAUGCUUUAGGUUAGAUUGCAGCUGCUUAACUGAAUUGAAACAGUGCUACAGAACAGGAAGUGAACUGAGGCAGCAACUUUUACUUCUAGAACAGUGGUGGUAUUCUGGAUCUCUUUUUGUGGAUGUAAUGCUUUUGUAGAUCUGCCUCACAUGAUCUGUCUUGCAGCAUUUCAUAUGCUUUAUGUGCUCUCUAUAUUCUAGAAGUAGAUAUUUAAGCAUCCACCCAGUUCAUCCCUUUGUCCCCUCUCUCAAUUUGUUUUUCACAUAUUCCUCUAGUAAGCCUCUUUCUACAGUUGUGUUGUUUGUAUGUUUGCAAAAAUAAAACAUGUUUAACUAUGGAUAAAAUAUUUGCACCACUUGAGUAUUUAAUCUACUUACAAACUGUUGACAGUAAAAGUAGGGUUUUGUUCUGUAUUUCCCAAUUAAACUGUUGCUAACACUCUGUAUUUAUUUAUUUAUUAUUGUUUAUAAGCAAACUAAUCUAAAAACAUUUAUCAUAAAUGAAUUAACAUUCCUGUAUAACUGACCAUGUGAUGGACUUAUUUUAUAAUUAAUCCCUCC